AUGCCACUCAUGAAAUACAUAUUGUUGACGUUGCUAAUCGCUGCCUUUGUUACAAAUGCCGUGUUGAUUAACGUAACCGUAGACGAUGCAGGCACCGACCGGCUCACAGGACUUGGAUUCUCUUACUCGCCACUAUCCGACUGGAAUUUUGGACCAAACUGCACCGAAUGCGUGGCACAGCUCAACCGGUCACAGCUUCAUAUGGGCAGCUGGCAUGAUGCCACGUACGACGGGUCCAACGGGCCACGAACAGAACUCCAGAGCGCAACUCUUGGUUUUAAUGGUUCAGCGAUAUACGUGUACGGAGUGAUAGUGACAUCGCCAUUGAUACCAUUUGGAGAUACAAGCUCGACCCACCUCGGAUUCUUCAUCGAUGACCAGCUCGUGGGAACAUUCAACAACACGCCGGCUGGAAAUGGAUCGAACCCUGCGGCAUUCAAGUAUAAUGUUACUCUGUAUUCGAAUCGUUCACUUCCACACGGUCCGCAUACCUUUGUGUUACAGAAUGGUCUUGACGGCGGGCCUGCGUCGAUUGUCCUUUUUGACUAUCUUGUAUAUUCAACUGAACAAGAGGACGCUACGGUGACUACGUCGGCGGCGGCGGCAUCUCUAUCAAUGACAUCCCCUACUAUCCCUCCUCCGACUUCAACGGAACGUCCAGCAUCAAGUUCGAGCGCACUAGUCAAGGUCUUACCAGCUACGCUCGGCGCGAUUGCUCUCAUAAUACUCCUCGUGCUAGCUCUGUUGUGGCGGCGCCGUCGUCGCCGUCGCAACUGGUUCCGCGCUUCUCGUACUCCUGAGGUCGACCUGCUUUCACAGCCUCUAUCAGCAGCCAAUCUGCGCGCACACGACAGCCGCGGUUCUGUCGUUGUAGGUGCGCGUUCUCGCAGCGGGACGACAUCUUCGCCUGAGACGCAUUCACCUCUGCUGCACUUGGCGCGGCCUGGUAAUCCCUCGUCGACCUCUUUCAUAACCUCCUCGUUCUUGCCUAAUGCCUCCUCGGGCGGAUAUCUACCAGACAAGCUGCGCAUGCAAGCAUUCCCUUCCAACCAAUCGUCACAUCUCACCCGUAACCCUUCGCUUACCGCGCAUUCGGAUAUUGCACAGACAGAGUAUGCCGAAUCGCUGCCACCGCCGUAUUCUAGAGGGGUCGAUGAGAAUAUAUAAAUGCGCUGAAAAUUAUCAUGUGUUGUUUGAAGGAUGUACUUGGUACUUUGCACUCAGCUUCGAUUUUUAUUUAUACGCCCGAUGUACAGUUCUGUAGAAGCGAUGCCCCAAUCUUUUCCGGGUAUAAUAUAUCAUGUAGACGUAUACACAUAGAAAUCAAACU